AUGAUUAAAUCAAUAAUUUCAUGUAUUAUAAUUUCAUUUUUAAUGAUAAACUUUUGUAAUAGUAUUAAAAUAAAUGGUGAUGGACAACAACAACAACAACAACAACAAAUAAAUUUAGAGAAUUCAUUACCUUCAUUCCCAUAUGAUCAAGCAGUAGCAGAAAUUUUUGUUCAAUUUUCAUAUGCUGCAUAUUGCAACGGACCAGAUAUUCAAAAUUGGAAUUGCACAACUUGUAAAAACUUACCUGGUUUUAAUAUAGUAUCAGCAAUUUUUAAUGUAACUACAAAUACUCAGGCCUUUGUUGGUUACACUAAUAAUCAAGUGAUUGUUUCAUUCCGUGGUUCUAUGGAUGUUGAAACUAUAUAUCCACCUUAUCCACAAGCUAAAGUUCAUGAUGGUUUUUAUAGAGGUUGGGCUUCAGUUAGUAGUCAAGUGAGAACAUCAAUAGAUACAGCAUUGGCUAAAUGUGGAUCAGAUUGCAAAGAAAUUUGGGUUGUUGGUCAUAGUUUGGGUGCAGCUUUAGCAACAUUAUGUGUUGCAGAGGUUCAAGGAUGGUACACAUUACCAACAUAUUCAUACACAUAUGGUUCACCACGUGUUGGUGAUUCAAUUUUUGUUGGAUAUUUCAACCAAAUUCAUAAGAAUAAUUAUCGUGUUGUUAAUCAACAUGAUUUAGUACCACAUGUACCAAUGGAAGGAUUAUUAGAUUAUCAUCAUGUACCAACUGAAGUUUAUUAUCCAACCAACACAACUUAUAUCGUUUGUAAUGAUAGCGGUGAAGAUCCAAUAUGUUCAGAUUCUGUAAUAGGUUUAAGUAUUUAUGACCAUCUCCAUUAUUUUGGUAUUCCUUGUUGUUGUAAAUAG